AUGCCGACGCUUAAAAACCCCAUCCACUUUUCCAGUAUUCAGGAUGCUGAGGUACAAUUAGAAACAAAUAUUCAAUCUGGUCUUUCUGUUCAAAGCGCCCAUGAGCGCAUAUCUGAAUACGGCGAAAACCGUCUCGAAAGCGAUGCAGGAGUCUCCGCAUGGAAAAUAUUUCUUCGGCAAGUAUCAAAUGCAAUGUGUGUAGUCCUUAUCCUUGCUGCAGCCCUUUCCUUUGGUACAACUGAUUGGAUUGAGGGUGGUGUCAUAUCCGCCAUCAUCGUCCUCAACAUUGUCAUAGGCUUUUUUCAGGAAUACAAUGCGGAAAAAACUAUGGACUCACUUCGUUCUCUCGCCUCCCCUAUGGCACAUGUCGUACGUGAUGGCAAAAGCGAAACCAUUGAAUCUCGUUUGCUGGUACCCGGUGAUAUCGCUACCCUUAAGACUGGAGACGUCGUUCCUGCUGAUCUCCGUCUUGUUGAAACCAUCAACUUUGAAACGGAUGAAGCGCUUCUUACCGGUGAAUCCCUUCCUGUCAUCAAAAACGCUCAAGUCGUUUUUGACAUGAACGGGGACGUUCCCAUUGGAGACCGCAUCAAUCUUGCUUACUCCUCAUCUGUUGUCACCAAAGGUCGCGCAACUGGCAUUUGUUAUGCUACCGGUAUGAGUACUGAAAUUGGUGGAAUUGCAGCUAGUCUGCGUCAAUCAAAUCCAAUUCUUUCUCAAAAGCCUGACCCAGAUGAAGAAAAUUACAGAAAAAAUCUCCGAAAUUAUCGUUUCCAGGUUUUUCUUUAUUAUCUUAAACGCAUUCUCGGUCUCAAUGUUGGUACUCCUCUUCAGCAAAAGCUUACUGUCCUUGCCUAUGUGUUGUUUAUUAUCGCCAUUGUUCUUGCCAUUGUAGUAAUGGCAGCUCAUACUUUUCAUGUUUCUAAUGAAGUCUCUAUUUAUGCUAUUUCACUAGGUAUUUGCAUCAUUCCAGAAUCCUUGAUAGCCGUUCUUUCGAUCACAAUGGCUAAGGGCCAAAGAAAUAUGUCUAAUCGUCGCGUAAUUGUUCGUAAACUAGAAGCCCUUGAAGCUUUAGGUGGAGUCACCGACAUUUGCUCUGACAAAACCGGUACCAUCACUCAAGGAAAAAUGAUUACUCGUCGUGUAUGGAUCCCAUCCUUUGGAUUUCUUGUAAUUGAAACUUCCAGUCCCUUUGAUCCAACAAUAGGUACCGUUUCUAUCAUUCAUCAGCCGAUGGAGGCAAGUACGAACGUCGAGAAUCAGAAGCCUCAAGAGAUGCAACCCUUACAUGCUUUUGAAGAGUUAAUUCCAGCUCUCAAAAUUUCCUCUCUUUGCAAUCUAUCUUCUGUUCAAAAGAACCAAGAAGGAGAUUGGGUCGCAAAGGGUGAACCCACUGAAAUUGCUCUUCACGUUUUUUCUUCUCGCUUCAAUUGUGGAAAAGAAGAGCUUUUAAAAGAGCACAGGCCCUUACGUGAAUAUCCUUUUGAUUCUGAGCUUAAACGUAUGGCCGUUGUCUAUCAAGAGAAGGAAGGCAAGCCUGAGGUGUAUGCCAAAGGUGCCGUCGAGCGUGUUUUGGAUCGUUGUGAAACCAUUGGGGGUCUACCCUUGGAUAAUGAAAAGCGAAACCUUGCAUUGGCACAAAUGGAAACGCUUGCGUCCCAAGGGCUUCGAGUUUUGGCUUUGGCGAAAAAAUCAAUCGAAAAUUUGGGUGAUUGGGAAAAGGUUCCUAGAGAAGAUGUUGAGUCCAACUUGGAUUUCAUAGCACUUGUUGGAAUCUAUGAUCCUCCUCGCAUUGAAUCUAAAGGCGCCGUUAAGCUCUGUCAUCGUGCCGGUAUUCGCGUACACAUGCUUACAGGUGAUCAUCCUGAAACGGCAAAGGCCAUUGCCAAAGAAGUGGGUAUUAUUCCACCAUUCAUUUCAGAUCGAGACCCGAACAUGUCAUGGAUGGUCAUGACAGGUCCGCAAUUUGAUGCUCUAUCCGACCAAGAAGUAGACCAUAUGAAAGGUCUUUGCUUGGUCAUUGCGAGAUGUGCACCGCAAACUAAAGUGAAAAUGAUUCAUUCUUUGCAUCGUAGAGGAGCUUUCGUUGCUAUGACUGGUGAUGGUGUCAAUGAUUCCCCUUCUUUAAAGCAAGCCGACGUGGGUAUUGCGAUGGGAUUGAAUGGAAGCGAUGUUGCUAAAGACGUUAGUGAUAUUGUCUUGACUGAUGAUAAUUUUUCGUCAAUUGUGAAUGCUAUUGAAGAGGGUCGUAGAAUCUUUGACAAUAUUAUGAAGUUUGUUUUGCACCUUUUAAUUUCAAACGUCGGCGAAGCGAUCCUUUUGGUCGUUGGUCUUGCAUUUCGUGAUAUCCACCAUUUGUCGGUUUUCCCAAUGUCUCCUGUAGAAAUUCUGUGGUGCAAUAUGAUUACGUCUUCCUUUCCUUCUAUGGGCCUUGGUAUGGAGAAAGCUCAACCAGAUGUAAUGGAACGUCUUCCUCAUGAUAACAAAGUAGGAGUUUUUACGAAAGGUCUGAUUUGCGAUAUGAUAUCUUAUGGGUUUUUUCUUGGUGUCGUGUCAUUGAUGACCUGGGUUGUUAUUGUUUAUGCUUUUGGAACCGGAAGUUUGGGCUAUGAUUGCAAUUCCUAUUACCAUGAUGGCUGCAGAGAAGUAUUUCGUGCCCGUUCUGCUGUUUUCUCUGUAGUAACAUUUUCCGUUUUGAUUAUGGGUUUUGAAGUAAAAAACUUUGACAAUUCACUUUUUAAUUUAGAUGGGAUCCCUUGGAGUGAAUGGAACUUUCGCUAUUUUUUUAAAAAGCUGACCGAAAACAGAUUUCUCGCAAGCUCUAUUGUCUUAGCCUUUGCAUCAGUUUUUCCAACAAUCUAUAUUCCUGUCAUUAACAGCGAUGUAUUCAAACAUAGACCUAUUGGAUGGGAAUGGGGUGUUGUUGCUGUUGCAGUAAUCCUUUUCUUUAUUUAUGCAGAGUUAUGGAAAUUCAUUCGACGCACUUUAAGCAACCCACUUGCUAAAGGCAGGUUAAGAAGGACCCUAAGUCGAACAAUUACUUCAGAAUCAAAAUUAUCAGAAGCCGAUUUAGAAAAGAGACUCUUUUUACAAUCCCGGACUAAAUAA